AACCCAACCACCGAGAUCCAUUAGUUCGACCCGACCCAACUUUGAAACCCUAAAUUCCCAAAUCAUCUUCUCCACUUCCACGAUUUCAAACUCUCUCAACUCACGAUUUCAAACUCUCUCUCCCAUAACCACCACUCUCAUCUCUAACCCACCACGAUUUCAAACUCCCAUCUCUAAUCAAACUCAGAUUCAAGCACAAUCAUCUCAAAACAACAAUCUCCAUCUCCAAUUCUCGUGUCUACAAUGUCACCAAAAACUCGUCUCGCCGAGAAGAAAGAAAAAGCGGGAGCGUCGGAGAAGAAGAAGAACGCCGCCGUGAAAAGAAAAGAAGCGGCAGCGAAAAGGAGAGCCGCCGUUAAGAAAAAGAGAGAAGCGGCGAAGAGGAGUGAGACCACAAAGAAAAAGAGGAAGCGAGAUAGUGGUCUGGACGGUGGGUCCUCGUCGAAUCCAACCAAGAGGACUCGGAACCGUGUGAGAGAAACCGCAGGAUCUCCACCGGAAAAUGAAGGCGUUCAUUCCCCCACACCGGACCCCACCACACCACGCCCAGUGUCUCCGAGUCAGCCAGAAAAAUCGCCAACACCAACUCAUGCAGCGAAUGAGGCCGAGAAUCCACAACAACCUCGAGUAACCUCAGGCUCUUCCACAAAGAGUCCUUCACAUCGUGUAGACGAGCAGAACGAUGAGGAGAUUGGAUCUAAUAACAGAGAUCCAAACACACCCGAGGUUGCCGUUGAUAAUGAGGCACCAAGAACGGUUGAGAGGGAUAUGACCGUAGAAGCUGACAGACCUGCUGGUUUUUUCUUCAAUCCGAGCGACUAUCAAAAGGGUUGCAAGCUCUCCUCAAGGUGCCGGCAACACGAUUUCCUGACCAUGCUGAACGCGGUUGAUAAGUUUGAUGCCUCAGAGAAGAGUUGGUUUCAGGAUCAUCCUCAGUUCAAGCAUAUAUUCCACAUGGAUUGUACCUCAACAAGAAAAAUGAUGGGAUUGUGGAUGUUGCUACUUCGUACUAUGCAUACAGGAAAGGGUAGACAAGCUUGGUUUGGAGUAAACGGUGUUCCAGUUAGAUACUCCAUCAGGGAGCAUAGCCUUAUCUCUGGUUUAUACUGCCACUCAUAUCCAGAAAACUAUCAGAAGAUAGGGAGCAUGAAGUUUGCGAGAAAGUAUUUUAAAGUGAAGAAGACAAAGGAUGGGAAGGAAAAGGGUCUGCAAGUGACAGAAGAAGAUGUCAAAGAGAAACUUCAGAAGAUGAAGUUUGAUGGUAGUGGCGAUCGUCUGAGGAUGUUGGUUCUUUACUUUUUGGCUAGAGUUUUAAGAGGAAGGUCAAAAGCAAAUUACUUCAUUGAGUAUUUCCUUCUUCAAGCAGUAGAAGAUCUAGAGUUUUGCACCAAAUUUCCAUGGGGCCGUUACACAUUUGAAGAUUGCAUGAAAGAGAUUUUUCAUGUGAGGGAUCAUUUUCGUGAUGGGAUCCCAGAGGAGGCACAAUGGCCAUUUCCUGGGUUUAUCAACCCUUUGGAGAUAUUAGCAUUUGAAUGUAUCCCUGUCCUUAGAGAAAAAUUCAGAGAGCCUGUUCCAAACUGUCUUGAUGGUUGUCCAAGAAUGUGCAAAUGGAGGUUCAAGAGGACCGGCACAACAGGAUUUCCACUUGACAUGAUUUAUCGGACGCUAGGAGAGACAAAGGAGAUUAUCAGUAUUUUGGAACCAGUAGGAUAUGAACUAGACCUUUUGUAUCAAAUCAUGGAUGAAGGGACUUUUGCAGACUUGGAACUGAAAGAUGAUUGGGAUACGCCAGACAUAGCUGUUGACAGUUGGAACAGGAUCCUACUUCAACCAGGGAGUAAAAUAUUCUGGCCGGAUCUAUAUGAGAUGGAUGUGAGGACCCGAGAGCAACAAGAGGAAGCAGGAGGCGAGGCAGGGGGAGAGGCAGGUCGUGAGAGAUUAAGAGAAUUAGAGGCAGGGGGAAAUGCAGGUGUUGAGGCAGGGGGCGAGCCAGGAGGCGAGGCAGGUCGUGAGAGAUUAAGAGAAUUAGAGUUGAAGUUGAACAAAAGCAUGGAUGAUGGAUUUGCAUUGAGAGACGAAACAAUUCGUCUUCUGACAGCAAGAGUAAAGGAGUUGGAAGAAGACAAGAUUCAGAGAGAAAAUUGGUCAUUCCAAGUUGAAACUGAUUAUGUUUCAGGAGGCAGAAGAAGGGAGAGCGAGAUGCAUGGUGAUAAGGUGGGUGAUAAAGAAGCUGAUAAGGAGGAUGGUGAGGGUGAUGAGGAGGAUGGUGAUGAGGGUGAUAAGGAUGAUGAUGAGGCUGAUAAGGAGGAGGCUGAUAAGGAGGAGGGUGAUGAGGAGGAUGGUGAUGAGGGUGACAAGGAUGAUGAUGAGGCUGAUAAGGAGGAUGGUGAUGAGGCUGAUAAGGACGGCGAGGAUGGUGAUGAGGUUGACAGUGAUGAUGAUGAGGCUGAUAAGGACGACGAGGAUGGUGAGAAGCAGAUUGAGGCAGAGGCUGAGAAGGAUGGUGAGAAACAGAUUGAGGCUGAGAAGGAUGGUGAGACAGCUGCUGAGAAGUUAGUGCAAGAUACUGAAGAGAGAUUUGAUGAGGAUGGAGAUGAGCAAUCUACACUUCAGAUUAUGGCAGACACUGCAGAGAGAUUUGAGAAGGCUGCUGCGGAAAAAGCUGCUGCGGACAAGACAUAUUCACAGGAUGCUGGUGAGAGGCCAAAGAGGGUGUCCAAGGUUUCUCAUUUGUUGAGGUCUCCUUUUACGCCAAACUAAUUUGGUGAAAUGUUGAACUAUGUUGUGUUUUUGGAACUUGUAUGUGUUUGUUUUAAAACCUAAAACGGAUGAACUUGUAUGUGUGUGUGUUUUAAAAACCUAAAUCCAAGCUUGUAUGUGUAUAAUUAAUUUGGUGGUUGAA